CAGGCUGGCCCCCCGCGGCCGCUUGUUCUCCUCGGAGGCGACUCUUGCCAAGGGCUCCUCGCCCCACCCCGGCCUCCCAGUCCGCCCGUGCCUCCCCAAAGUGCUGCUCACGCGCCAGGGCAGGGUUUAAAGCCAGGGUCCCUUCGGCGCGCAGCUCCGGUCCAGGCAGAGAGGCACCUUGGAAGAGGAGGAAGAAGAGGGCGGCGGCGAAGUCUCUCUCUCUCUCUCAUUCUCCUCCAGCAUCCUCUGGCUCUGCCCGCUCCUCCCUUCGCACCUGUCUCCUCCGCCGCGGCUGCAAAAAGGCGCGCUUCUUGGUUUUUGGUGCCGGCUUCAGGAUCUGCCUCAGGUGCCUUUCGCCUCAGGUGCGGCCAUGGAGUUUGCCCUGCUCUCCUGCGGUCUCCUCUUUUUCGCCAGCCCCGCGAUGGCCUCAGUGCCCACUGCCAUUACGUGUUUCACAAGAGGGCUUGAUCUCAGAAAGGAUAGAGCAGAUGUCCUUUGUCCAGCAGGCUGUCCUAUGUAUCAACUCCAGGUCUAUGGAAAUAUUGUGUAUGCCUCUGUUUCCAGCAUCUGUGGCGCAGCUUUGCACAGAGGCAUCAUUACCAGUUCAGGUGGACCUGUAAGAGUACAAAUGUUACCUGGGCGAGAGGACUAUUCAGCAUUAUAUGCCAAUGGAAUCCAGUCCCAAGUGCUUUCUAGAUGGUCAUCAUCAUUCACAGUAUCUAGUAUCAAAAGUGGAGCACUGGAAGCUGCAGCACGGCCCAUUUCAACAGUACGCCCAUCCAUGGGUAAAAAACCCAAGAAGACUCUUGAGAAAAAGUCUGGCAACAAAGACUGUAAAGCGGAUAUUGCUUUUCUGAUUGAUGGAAGCUACAAUAUUGGGCAGCGUAGAUUUAAUUUGCAGAAGAACUUUGUUGGGAAAGUAGCGAUGAUGCUGGGAAUUGGAACUGAAGGACCACAUGUGGGAGUUGUACAAGCCAGUGAGAAUCCCAAAACUGAAUUUUACCUGAAAAACUUCACUACUGCAAAAGAUGUCUUAUUUGCUAUAAAAGAGAUUGGCUUCAAAGGAGGCAAUUCCAAUACAGGAAAAGCCUUAAAACAAACAGUACAAAAAUUCUUUUCUCCUGAAAACGGGGUACGGAAAGGUAUUCCUAGAGUCAUCGUAGUUUUCAUAGAUGGCUGGCCGUCUGAUGAUAUGGAACACGCUGGUAUACUGGCCAGAGAAUUUGGCAUUAAUGUAUUCAUUGUGUCAAUUGCAAAACCUGCACCUGAAGAACUUGGAAUGGUUCAAGAUCUUGGCUUUAUUGAGAAGGCUGUUUGUUUAAAUAAUGGCUUCUUUUCUUACAACAUACCAAGUUGGUUUGGUACUACAAAAUACGUGAAACCACUGGUUCAAAAACUUUGUGCUCAUGAGCAUAUGCUGUGCAGCAAAACGUGCUACAACUCGGUCAACGUCGCCUUCCUGAUAGAUGGCUCCAGCAGUGUUGGAGACAGCAACUUUCGUCUUAUGCUUGAAUUCAUCAGUAAUGUCGCUAAAUCAUUUGAGAUCACAGACAUUGGUGCCAAAAUUGCGGCUGUCCAGUUCACUUAUGAUCAGCGUACUGAGUUCAGUUUUACAGAUUACAUCACAAAAGAAAAUGUUCUUGCUGCUCUUCGUGGCAUCCGCUACAUGAGCGGUGGCACUGCUACUGGAGAAGCCAUUAGUCAUACUACCAGAAAUGUGUUUGGACCAGUGAGAGACGGAGGCAACAAAAAUUUCCUGGUGAUUUUGACUGAUGGCCAGUCUUAUGAUGACGUCCGGGGACCUGCUGUAGCUGCUCAGCAAGCAGGUAUCACCAUCUACUCUAUUGGGAUUGCUUGGGCUCCACUGGAUGAUUUAAAAGACAUGGCAUCUGCACCUAAGGAGACACACACCUUCUUCACAAGAGAAUUUACAGGACUGGAGCAGAUUGUUCCUGAUGUUGUUCGAGGCAUUUGCAGGGAUUUCCUGGAAUCCAAACAGUGAAUGCAAAGUUGCAAUACAUUACUCUGCAAAUGUGCUCCAGGAAUAACCAAAGAGGUGUCUUUGAGUGCAAGACAUUUUGUUAAUGUAGCAUAAUGUUGGAAGGGUAUGAGGUUACUUAAAAACAACUGUUUUUUAAAGGCAAAACUCCUAUUGAAGUCAGCAAAAUUUUUGCACAAAUAAGUAAUAAUUAAAAAUUGUCCCAAAUUACCAUGGUCCAUGUAUAUUUAAUAUACUUCAGUUAAAGUGAUUGAGAUCCUAUAGUUAAGAUUAUCCAAUGUGCAUUUUAUGUAUAUAGAGAAAAUAUAGAGCUGCUCUUAACAUCAAAUGACAUUACUGAGUCUCAUCACAUAUUCAGCUAAUCAUAAUCUCGAAUACAGUUUGACAAGUGGGAAAAUGCUACAGAGUGCUGUCAUCUGUGGUAACAAGAGAGUUGGGUAAACGUAGGCUUAUUAGAUAUUAUCAGCAUUACAUUUUAUAAAAGUAAAGCUGCUAUAUACCACCUGCAAAUCAGUUAACUGAUGGUACUUAGUUUCAUUAAUGUAUUAUUUCGAAGUAUUUUAUGUGAAGUAGGUAAAAAGGCUGUUCAUCAAUUAUGCUCAGCUAUUUUACACAUAGAGCCUAUCAAUCUGGCUACAACUGGAUCUUAUGGAUAUUGGUAUGUAUUCAUGUAUUAAACAUCUGUUUAAUAAUUUCUUAAUUGUAAAAAAAAUCCUAAAUUUUUACUUCCCUAUUGCAUACACUGAACUAAAUCCAAUAGUUAGCCUCAAGUAGUAUGAGACGUGUCAUGUUAAUUCUCAUAUUCAAUUGAUGGAGUGAAUCUUCCCUAGCUGGGACUAAUAAUGGGAUUUAGUACAUUGAUGUCUUCAAACUUUUGAAAAUAUUACAUAGAAAUAUUUUGCGGGAUUACUUUAAAUGGUGUUUGUCUAAUUGACUUCAAUGAAAUGAGAACAAUUUAAAUCUUGGUCUGCAAAAUUAAAUAAUCUGUGGACUAGGUUAUAAACCAGGCGUGGGCAAACUUUGGCCCUCCGGGUGUUUUGGACUUCAACUCCCACAAUUCCUAACAGCCUCAGGCCCUUUACUUUACUUUACUUUACUUUACUUUACUUAAGUGGCUGAGGGGGGAAAGGAAAGGGACUGAGCCUGUUAGGAAUUGUGGGAGUUGAAGUCCAAAACACCUGGAGGGCCAAAGUUUGCCCAUGCCUGCUAUAAACCAAAGUUUCCACCAAAAUCAAAUAAGAGAAAAUGGGUGUCCUCCUGCAAAUUCCAAACAAUUAUGAAAGGUGCAAAACGAAUAAAUAUUAUAGCUUUUAAUAGUAUUUUUGAUAAUAAUUUAUGAUUGUUGAUAUACUAAUCUAAAUAUAUUUUUCUUUGGUAUUACCCUGCUAAGUUUCCAGAUUUUUAUGUAGCAUAUGAAUCAAUGAGGUAUUCUAAGAAAACUUCAUUCAGAUUUUGCACAAUUUUUGAUAUGGAAAUACACUUUGAUUAACAGCUGUUAGUAUAUGAUGAGGGUGUUUUGAGCAACUCUGGAACUGUAAUAUUGUGUUUAGUCUACAAAGUGAUACUUAAAAGGCAAUAAUUAAUAUAAUUAAUUGCUGAAUCCUCAUAAGAAGCAAAGAAAAAUUAUAUUAUCUUUAUUUGAAAGCUUUGUAAAAUGUCUAGUAUCACAUGUACUAAUAAAAUUUCACUGUAAACUCUAUCAUGUUAUAAUCUCUACAAUUUACAAUUUGUACAAUUAAUUGCGAAAUUAAUAAAUUUAUUUACUAUUUCA